AUGCACCGUUCCAGCAACACUCCAUACCAAGGCGUCGAUAGCGCUCGAUUCGAUCUACUGCGGAGAGCUGGAAGUGCUAGCAACGGAACCUUUACAUCGGUUCAAACUUCCCAUUGCACCACCGAAUACGAUCCAGAAGUGGAAACAGAAGGAUUGUCUUGUAAGCUGGUGUUUACCUAUACGGAAGAAUAUCCGGACACUGCGCCACUGGUAGAAAUCGAAGAUCCGGAAAAUUUUCGUGAUGGGUACGAAAAAGGUCUGUUGGAGCAUAUUCAAGAAACGAUCCAAGAAAAUAUUGGCAUCGAAAUGAUUUUUUCGUUGGUGAGCUCCGCACAAGAGUGGCUCAAUUGCAAAUACGACGAACUGAAGAAUGAAGCCGAAAAUGAGAAAGAGGAAGCAAAGCGACGUCUGGAGGAAGAGGAACGCAAAAAGUUCGAAGGCACUCGCGUUACAGUGGAAUCGUUUAUGGUGUGGAAAACCAAUUUCGAGCGGGAUAUGGGAAUCACGGAGCGGAAAGAAAAGAUUCUCGGCGAAACGCGGAAGCUUACUGGGAAAGAGCUGUUCCUCCAGGAUAAUACUCUCAACGAAUCCGAUCUUAAGUUCCUUAUGGAUGCAGGAGAACCUAUCGAGAAUGUGCGAAUCGAUGAGUCCCUGUUCCAGAACAUUGAAGAUCUUGAACUGGACUCGGACGAUGAUGACGAUGAAGAUUAUGUGCCGGACGAAAAAUAAAACGGGGAGCGAAAAGCGUGUCGGUCUGUGGAAUCGUUAUUUGAAUGUUUUUUUUUUUAUAUUUACUUGCUUAGGACCUUAAAAAUGUGAAAGGGCAUGUUUAACAAAACAAGUAUCGAUUGAAGUCGGAAAAAAA